AUGACCCUGAAGAUCACAACCAACCUCGGUGGGACAGCAUCCCACAUUGUCGUCGGGAAAGUCGCCCAUGGCUUGAUGACAAUGACCAGGGCAGUCGCUCACUCAGAUGAGGAACUCUUCGAAGCGAUCAAAGCAGGUGUGGAUGAACUCCCGAUAGGCGCGAAGAUGGUGUUGAAUAGCGCGGAGUUUUACGGGACACCGGACAAUCAGCUCGCCAACCUUCAAAUGCUCUCGCGAUUUUACGAAGCGCACCCGGAUUAUGUCGAGAAGACGUUCCUGAUGGUCAAGGGCGGCAUGCACUUCGAAGGAUUCAAAUUCCGGGCAGACAGUUCGAUGGAGCACCUUCGGAAGAGCAUAGACAACUGUAACGCGGCGCUGCGGGGCACAAAGAAGGUUGACGUUUUCCAGCCUGCUCGUGUUGACCGCUCGCGGCCGAUCGAGGAGACGAUUCGGAACCUGGUCGUCCUGAAGGAGGAAGGGAAGUUCGACCACAUAGGUUUGAGCGAGUGCAAGGCGGAGACCGUGCGGCGGGCCCAUGCGGUCCAUACAAUCUCGGUCGUGGAGAUCGAGGUUAGCAUCUGGUCGUAUGAGGAAGAGACAAAAAAAGUCAUCGAGGCUACCCGCGAGCUCGGCAUUGCUGUGACCGGAUACGCGCCUCUUGGGCGUGGAUUCCUGACAGGACAAAUCAACAGCAUGGAUGACAUCCCGGCGAAUGAUUUCCGCCGCAUCAUGACGCGCUUCAAACAGUACUUCGACCAGAACUUGGCAAGCGCGAACGCCAUCCGUGCCAUCGCCGAGAAGAAGGGCGUAACCCCUGCUCAACUCGCGAUCGCGUGGGUCGCCCAGCUUGGCCCACACGUCCUGCCGCUGCCAGGAUCGUCAUCGAAGAAACGCACCCUGGAGAACUUGGCUGGUGGAGACGUCGCCCUGACGGAGGCCGAGGUAGCCGAGGUAGCCGAGGUGGUGGUGAAGUACCCAGUACAGGGCGACCGGUACUUCGGUAACGACGAGGCUGCAGGAAUCUGGGGCUAG